GAAUCGGGAUGACCGCGGCCGACUGGUACGCUCACAAGUCGCUCGGAGACGGACUCUACUGGAUCCAGGAACGGUUCUACCAGUCGCAGAACCGGGCUAACAUAUGGCUGCUGCGCGGCACCCACCAGGACGUGGUGAUCGACACGGGACUCGGCUUGAGGAGCCUGCCGGACUACAUCGACGCCAUGGGGCUGCUGGGCAAGGACCCUCAGCGGAAGAACCCGCUGCUGGCCAUCGCCACCCACGCCCACUUCGACCACUCGGGCGGCCUGCAUCAGUUCCAACAGGUGGGCGUCCACAGCGCCGAGGUGGAGGCGCUGGCCAACGGGGACAACUACGAGACGGUCACCUGGCUCAGUGACAGGGAGAUAGCCGAGGCUCCCAGUCCCGGGUGGAGGGCCAGGCACUAUAAAGUCAAGGCUGUGCAGCCCACGCACAUCCUGCAGGAAGGUGACGUCAUCAACCUGGGCAACAGGCAGCUGACGGUGCUCCACAUGCCGGGCCACUCGCGGGGCAGCAUCUGCCUCCACGACGGCGAGAACAAGCUGCUGUUCAGCGGCGAUGUGGUGUACGACGGCGCCAUGAUCGACUGGCUGCCGUACAGCCACGUCAGCGACUACAUCGGCAGCUGCGAGCGCCUGGUGGGCCUGGUGGACAGCGAACAGGUGGAUCAAGUCCUGCCAGGACACUACAACACCUUUGGCGCCAAACGCCUCCACCGCAUCGCCAGCUCGUACAUCAGCAGAGCGGGAACGUGCCCGGCCAAAUUCUCCACUUGGGCGUGGAGCACCAUGGCCGGCGUGGCGCUCAGGGCGUCCCACCCACGGGGCGUCUGCUGAUUGGACGCCUGGAUAAUGCCCAUAUGCACACAACAAAUGUAAUUGUUGCCAAAUUUCCUGUAUAUGUUGGCAUUGGAUUACAUAAUAAUGAAGCAUACUGAUCAAUGUGAUUAUACAAUAUUUUAAUGUAUUGCUUGGGGUUUAUAUACAGCUCUGGAAAAAAGAAGAACCCCAAAACACUUUUUUUUUGGUGCUUUCUUCAAAUAAAUGCUCUCAAGGACAAGGUAUGUUUGGAAUUUAGAAGUUAUCUUUUUAGUAGUUUAAAGAAUAAAAUGGCUCAUUUCAUGUAACUCAAACAUACCUAUAAAUAGCAAAAUCUAAUGGUCUCUUAAUUCUUUCCAGAGCUGUAACUUGAUGUAUGUUUUAUAUACAGUACAUGCGUGUAUUUGUGUGUGUGUAUUGCACGUGACGUUACAAUAGCACAAGCACUGAGGUAUUGAAGCAGAGCCAAAAAUGGCCAUAGUAUUUGUCUAUGCAUACACAGCAUCUGCUACCUCCCCAUGUUUGUAACAGUGCUUUGUACUACCGGUGUAUUUACGGCUCAGCUCUUUCAACUGACAAUAAAGCGUCCGUCCUACCUUC